UAUCCUUGACGUGUUGGCGGCGCCAUCGCCCCGCGCAGCGUCGCGCCGACCCGCCCCGCUGCCGUCACGCCACCCGCUCGGCCGGCGCUGCGUCAGCCAGCCAAGAUGGAGACCGCCGAGGAAGAUAUAUGCAGAGUCUGUCGGUCUGAAGGAACUCCUGAGAAACCCCUGUAUCAUCCAUGUGUGUGUACUGGCAGUAUUAAAUUUAUUCAUCAGGAAUGCUUAGUUCAGUGGCUUAAACACAGCAGAAAAGAAUACUGUGAAUUAUGUAAGCACAGAUUUGCUUUCACACCAAUUUAUUCCCCAGAUAUGCCUUCACGGCUUCCAAUCCAAGACAUCUUUGCUGGACUGGUGACGAGUAUCGGCACAGCCAUACGGUACUGGUUUCAUUAUACACUUGUGGCCUUCGCGUGGUUGGGAGUAGUACCUCUUACUGCAUGUCGUAUCUACAAGUGCUUGUUUACUGGCUCUGUGAGCUCACUACUGACACUGCCAUUAGAUAUUCUAUCAACGGAGAACUUGUUGGCAGACUGUUUGCAGGGUUGUUUUGUGGUGACAUGCACUCUGUGUGCAUUUAUCAGCCUUGUUUGGUUACGUGAGCAGAUCGUCCACGGAGGAGCACCGCAGUGGUUGGAACAAAAUCAGCAGCAACCACUCAAUGGUGUUGGUCAACAAAAUGAGGCUCAGGCUGUUGCAAAUGGAGCUGUUGAAAACGCUGUGCUUGAUCAGCCUGCUAACCCAGCUGCUGACGAUGCAGUUGUAGGUGAGAACCCUGAAAUACAAGAAGAGCAGGUAGAUGAAGAGGAGGAGGAUAACGAAGAUGAAGAAGAUGCUGUAGUAGAAGAUGCAGCAGAUGCAAACAAUGGAGCACAAGAUGACAUGAACUGGAAUGCUUUGGAAUGGGAUCGAGCAGCAGAAGAGCUUACUUGGGAGCGAAUGCUUGGGCUUGAUGGAUCUCUGGUUUUUUUAGAACAUGUCUUCUGGGUGGUAUCUUUAAAUACAUUGUUCAUACUUGUGUUUGCAUUUUGUCCAUACCACAUUGGUCACUUCUCCAUUGUUGGCCUGGGCUUUGAGGAAUAUGUUCAAGCAUCUCACUUUGAAGGUCUGAUUACAACUAUAGUUGGAUAUGUUCUGCUGGCAGUGACUCUAAUAGUUUGUCAUGGUUUGGCAGCGCUUGUUAAGUUCCAGCGAUCACGUCGUUUGUUAGGUGUUUGCUAUAUCGUCGUCAAGGUUUCCUUAUUAGUUGUUGUAGAAAUUGGUGUGUUUCCUCUCAUCUGUGGCUGGUGGUUGGAUAUAUGCUCUUUGGAAAUGUUUGAUGCCACUUUAAAAGAUAGAGAAUUAAGCUUUCAGUCUGCCCCAGGUACCACAAUGUUCCUGCACUGGUUAGUUGGGAUGGUUUACGUCUUUUAUUUUGCAUCCUUCAUUCUUUUACUGAGAGAGGUAUUGAGACCUGGUGUCCUAUGGUUUCUCAGGAAUUUGAAUGAUCCAGACUUUAAUCCUGUGCAGGAAAUGAUUCAUUUGCCCAUUUAUAGACAUCUCAGGAGGUUUAUAUUGUCAGUGAUUGUCUUUGGGUCAAUUGUACUGCUCAUGCUCUGGCUUCCUAUACGGAUCAUUAAGUAUCUACUGCCUAACUUUCUUCCAUAUAAUGUUAUGCUCUACAGUGAUGCUGCAGUAAGUGAGCUUUCCCUAGAGCUCCUCUUGCUGCAGGUGGUGCUUCCAGCUUUGCUAGAACAAGGGCAUACAAGACAGUGGUUGAAAGGUCUCGUACGAGCAUGGACUGUUACUGCUGGAUACUUGCUAGACCUCCAUUCUUACCUACUUGGUGACCAGGAAGAGAAUGAGAACAAUGCAAACCAGCAGCCUAACAAUCAUCAUGCUCGCAAUAACAACGCCAUUCCAGUUGUGGGAGAAGGUCUUCAUGCAGCCCAUCAAGCCAUACUUCAACAAGGAGGACCUGUGGGUUUCCAGCCUUACAGGAGGCCUUUAAAAUUCCCACUCAGGAUAUUUCUUUUGAUUGUUUUCAUGUGCAUAACAUUACUGAUUGCCAGUCUUAUCUGCCUUACCUUACCAGUGUUUGCUGGCCGAUGGCUAAUGUCAUUUUGGACGGGGACUGCCAAAAUUCAUGAACUGUAUACAGCUGCUUGUGGUCUUUAUGUCUGUUGGCUGACUAUCCGAGCGGUGACUGUGCUGGUAGCCUGGAUGCCACAGGGUCGUAGAGUGAUUUUUCAGAAGGUCAAAGAAUGGUCUCUCAUGAUAAUGAAGACAUUGAUAGUGGCAAUACUGCUAGCUGGUGUGGUUCCACUUUUGCUUGGUCUUCUGUUUGAGCUGGUCAUUGUUGCGCCUUUGAGAGUCCCUUUGGAUCAAACACCUCUGUUCUGUCCUUGGCAGGACUGGGCUCUUGGAGUUCUGCAUGCCAAAAUAAUUGCUGCCAUAACUCUGAUGGGUCCUCAGUGGUGGCUGAAAACAGUCAUUGAACAGGUAUAUGCAAAUGGGAUUCGUAACAUUGAUUUACACUUCAUCAUCUGUAAACUGGCAGCACCGGUGAUCUCUGUUUUGUUGCUUUCCCUGUGUGUACCGUACAUCAUAGCUUCUGGUGUUGUACCUUUACUAGGAGUUACUGCUGAAAUGCAAAACCUCGUUCAGCGUCGGAUUUAUCCUUUCCUGCUCAUGGUGGUGGUUUUGAUGGGAAUCCUCUCCUUCCAAGUCCGCCAGUUCAAGCGCCUUUAUGAACAUAUUAAGAAUGACAAGUACCUUGUUGGGCAACGACUCGUGAAUUAUGAACGAAAAUCUGGCAAACAAGGCACAUCAACAACUCCACCUCAGUCUUCACAGGAAUAAAUGGUCAUGUUAAAGCAUCUUGACCUUCCCUUUGCCUUUAUGUGUUCCUUGUUCAUAGACUUUUCUUCAGUUUUUGGAUAUCUCCCUCAAUAAUACUCUCAGCAGUGUUUUGGCUUCUGCUCGUAGCAUCCAGAUUGCAGUUAAGGCACUGUUCCUUAUCUGCGUUUUCUGGUGUUAUCAAUACUGUCUGAGGUCUGUAUAUGUGUAAAUAGAAGUAUCCUGACACCCUAAAACCUUGGAUUAAAAAAGAAUGUGCAUAGUACAUCUUUUAAAGAAGAAAAAAAGUAUAUUAAUUUAUUAAAUCUAGUUGUCACUUUAUUUUGGACUGUUGUUCUGUUGACAAACAAUGUGCCACAAAGCAAUAGUGCAAAGAGGCAAGAUGUUUUUAUAAAAUCUGGAGCUUACUUUACGGUGUUCAUAACAGUUCUUAUUGUAGUAAUAUGGUAUGAUUUUUCAUGAGUGGAAGAAGAGCCACACGGAGAAUAUGAGAAGUAAACAGCUGUCUUACAGUCAGCAGUGAAGUGGCUGUGGUGAAAACAUAAUGAACUGUGUAUCUUGCUGUCAAGUCUUUUUUUAUUAUUUUGUAUAACACCAAAGCUGUUGUACAUUUUUCUAUUGCCUGAUUGUUUUUUCAUGUGUCUGAGUUUGUAAUAUUGUACAGUUACUGUUAAAUCAAGAAAAUAUGUCAUUUUCUGAGAAUUUGGAUGUACUUGUUGAGGCUCAGCUGGGUUUUUCUGUUUGCUUUGGGGAUUUCUGGGGCUUUGGGAAUCAGAAUUUCCAGUACUGAAGCAGUAAGUAAAAAUUCACUAAAGGUAGGUGAUUCUAGGUGAUGCAUUUAAAGGUACCAAGAAAAAUAAGAUAAGUUUACCACUUAAUCAACAGAAGUAUUUUUCAAGACCCCAAGUGAAGGGUUUAACCUUAUCAAUGUGUUUGCACAGAAACAAAGAGCAUAGUGUAAGCAAUACUCUGAUCUGGUCUUUAAUUAAAGAGCUUGAAAUCUUUUUUUUUUCUUUCCU